AUGACUGCCGCCGCCGUAGCCCAGUUGGCGCCCCAGCCGCUGCCGUGCAGCCCUUCUUGUUCGGAUCCGCAACGACGUACUGCGGCGUGGGCUGGACCGGCUGCGAGGACGAGGUGCCCUGCGACGACAUCGACGCCUGCUGCUGCCACUUUCAUCCUCAUCUCCGCCGCUAAGCAUGGGGUUCCUCCAGAUUUGACAGUAAGGGUGGACAGGAAGGCUGGGAGCUGCAGCGAUGGUGGUACAGAUCAGCGGCCAAACACACCGCGGUCAAAACACUCGGCCACAGAGCAGCGCAGACGCAGCAAGAUCAAUGAUAGGUUUCAGAUACUUAGGGAGCUGUUGCCACACAAUGAUCAAAAGAGAGACAAAGCAACAUUUCUCUUGGAGGUUAUUGAAUAUAUACGGUUUUUGCAAGAGAAAGUGCAAAAAUACGAGGCAACAUUCCCAGAAUGGAACCAAGAAAAUGCAAAGAUGCUUCCAUGGUCAAAUAUGUAUUUUCGAUCAUUCUGGAAAAAUGCACAGAGUAAAGGCCAAAUCCCUGGAGAUUCUCUGCUUGACCCUUCACAUUUCAUGAGAAAUGGAUCCUCCCCUGGAUCUAAUCUCACAGGGAAACUCGAUGAUAAUCACAACAUAGUGACAUCUGCAGCUGCAUCAGGGGCACAGGAUCAGGCAGAAACUGAUCACAUGGCUAGCGGGUGCUACAGAUCAGCAGAUACACCGGCGAAUAUUACAAAUAAUGCUAUAUCUCAGUCCCAACCUCAAUGGACAGCCUUGUGGAUACGUCCCAGCCCAGUAAACAACCCUUCCUCUGACCUCGACGCCCUAGAGAAGAACGAAUCGACAGGGAGAGCAGAAAAAGGAAGAGGAAGUGAGGAACAAAUCGACAGGGUCGCAGAUGCCGCACGCUCCGCUGCCCGCAUCCGCGACAUCCCCGUUCGGCGCUCUCGGCUCCGAGCUCCGAGCUCUCCGAUUCGCCUCACAGGUACCGCCGUGCCGCUCUCGGCUCCGAGCUGCUUAUCGCACUGCCGCCGAUUUGCCUGGCCCAGCAAGCCGCUGCCGUCGGCCUCGACUGCCGAUUCGCUGGAAGCCGCGCGCCGCUACCUCCACUCGCCUGGCACCGCGCGCCGCCGCCGCCGCCUGAAGCUGCUCGCGCCGCGCUCCGAGGCUGGCCUAGGGUUAGGACCUGAGAGCGGAUUGGGGAUUUGGGGCUGGCUGAAGUCACGAGUGGUGGCGUGGUGCCGCUGGGGGCUGACUGAAGUGAAGUCUGCUCUUUACGUGGACUUUGGUGGGCCGUCGCUGGGCUGGACCUGA